CCUUCCCAUGCCUGGUCAGUCACCUUGGUGUGACUUCACGCGACUCGCGCCCUCACGGGCUGGGUUUCUCCACCCGUCUCCUAGGUCUGCAUCUGCGGUUGCCAGGUAGGUGGAUGUGAGAGGCCCGACCUUCCUGAUUCUCUCCAGGCCAUCCCGUCGCCGCGGCACCAUGCUGUCCCCUCAGAGGGCUUUACUCUGCAACCUCAACCACAUCCACCUCCAGCACGUCUCCCUGGGUCUGCACUUGUCCCGCCGUCCCGAGUUACGUGAAGGGCCCCCGAGCACAUCUCCUCCCCCAGGGGACACCGGGGGCAAGGACAGCAGGGGCCCCUGCAGCGGGACUGUGGUGGACGCCAAUUCCAACAGCCCCGCCGUGCCCUGCCGUUGUUGUCAGGAGCACGGCCCUGGCCUAGAGAACCGGCAGGACCCCUCGCAGGAGGAAGAGGGGGCUGCCUCUCCCUCGGACACGGGCUGCUCCUCCUCUCUCAGCUCCUGCUCAGAUCUUAGCCCCGAUGAGUCCCCAGUCUCAGUCUACUUGCGGGACCUCCCUGGUGACAAGGACAAGGAUGCCUACCCACAGCCCAGCGACAUUCCCCUGGAGCAGGGCUCCCAGCUAGCUUCGGCAGGCCCCGCCGGCUGCUCGCCGGACAGCUUCUGCUGUUCUGACUCCUGCUCGGGAGCUUCCUCCCCACCGGGCCCUGGCCUGGACUCCAACUGCAACGCCCUGACCACCAGCCAGGACCUCCCUUCCCCAGGGCUGGAGGAAGAGGACGAGGGCGGAGAGCUCCCAGAGGUGGAUGAUGGCAAAGUCGACGUCGAGCAACCGGAGCCCAGUUGGAAAAUCAACCCCAUUUGGAAAAUUGACACAGAGCAAACGGAGGCUGGCUGGAAGAUCACUGACAACAAUAACUCUGGUUGGAAAAUCAAUGGGAAUAUUAACUCCAGCUGGAAAACUGAACCUGGAAAACUCAACUCCAGCUGGAAAACCAGUGCGGGAAAAACUGAUUCUGGCUCGAAAACUGAUGCGGGGAAAAUUGACGGAGGAUGGAGAAGUGACGUCAGCGAGGAGCCGGUGCCCCACCGGACAAUCACAUCCUUCCACGAACUGGCCCAGAAGCGCAAGCGGGGCCCAGGGCUGCCCCUCGUGCCGCAGGCCAAGAAGGACCGCAGCGACUGGCUCAUUGUCUUCUCGCCCGACACCGAGCUGCCCCCUGCCGGGUCGCUGGGCAGCUCCCCGGCGCCUCCCCGGGAAGUCACCACCUUCAAGGAACUCCGGUCCCGAAGCCGGGCCCCGCCCCCGCCAGUCCCGCCCCGAGACCCCCCAGCUGGCUGGGCCUUGGUCCCGCCCCGGCCGCCACCCCCACCUGUCCCUCCGCGGAGGAAGAAGAACCGACCGGGGCUGCAAGGGCUGCAGCCCAUAGCGGAGGGGCAGCCCGAGGAAGUCAGGGCGGGCAGCCCCGCGGCUGGCGAGGAGGCCCCGGCUGCGAAGGAGCCGGAGGAAUCCAGCGUGCAGGCCGGCCUCCAGGGUAAGAGACCACGAGAGGAAGCGGGAGGAGGUCCCCUCCUGCUCCCUCGGCCCCUGGUUUUCCGGUUCUCGGCCGACGGGCGCCCCCUGUUGGAGGGUGGGGGCGCGGGCGCAGCUGGGUCUCUGUUCUUGGCACCUCUGGCCGGCUGGCCCGGCGCUGGGCUGCGGCUGCUGCGGGCGCCGAGCCCCCCAGAGGAGCAGCUGCUGCCUGUCCGCCUGUCCCCGGUGGGAGCCUAUUCGCCUCCGGCUCGGGGGACCCUGCCCUGCCUGGCCAGCCCCGAGCUGGCACUGCUGCUGUCCCCGCUCUUUCCCAGAAGUAGCACCUUCCCCGCCGCGGCUCCCCCAUCCCGCCAGGUACCCGCCCCCCCGUUGCCACCGCCACCUCGUCCGCUGAAGGCCCCUCGCUGGAUCAGGAGCCCACCGCCUCCGCCCAGGCUACUCCGUAGUUCCUGGUCGUUCGCCGGUGUCCCCGGGGCGCAGCGGCUGUGGAUGGCAGAAGCCCAGAGUGGGACUGGCCGGCUGCAGGAGCAGAAAAAAGGUCUCCUGAUAGCCGUCAGCGCUUCCGUGGAUAAAAUCAUCUCGCACUUCGGGGCCGCCCGCAACUUGGUUCAGAAGGCCCAGUUGGGGGAUAGCCGGCUGAGCCCAGAUGUGGGGCACCUGGUGCUGACCACCCUCUGUCCGGCCCUCCACGCCCUGGUGGCCGACGGGCUGAAGCCUUUCCGGAAGGACCUCAUUACGGGGCAGCGAAGGAGCAGCCCUUGGAGUGUGGUGGAGGCGUCGGUGAAGCCAGGCUCCAGCACCCGCGCCCUGGGAAGCCUGUAUAGUCAGAUCAGCCGUCUGGCCCCGCUGAGCAGCAGCCGCAGCCGCUUCCAUGCCUUCAUCCUGGGCCUCCUCAACACUAAGCAGCUGGAACUGUGGUUUUCCAGUCUCCAGGAAGAUGCAGGCCUGCUGUCCCUCCUGUACCUGCCCACGGGAUUCUUCUCCCUGGCACAGAGCGGCUGCCCCUCCCUGUCCACGGAGCUGCUGCUCCUGCUGCAGCCCCUGUCGGUGCUCACCUUUCACUUGGACCUGCUCUUUGAACAUCACCACCACCUGCCCCUGGGCCCACCUCAGGCCCCCACGCCCCCGAGCCCGCCGCCAGCCCUGCAGCAGACUGUACAGGCCCUGUUGCACUGGGGUGGCCGGCUGGCCCAGAGCCUUCGGGGGGCCUCGGGGGAGGCCCCCCCGGCCCCCGCAGCCCCUACAAGCCCUCCCACAUCAGGAGGCUGGUGGGAGCAGCUGACCCAGGCCUCCCAAGUCUACGCCUCUGGAGGCACCCAGGGCUUCCCCCUUCCCCGGUGGGGACCCAGGCGUCAUGGGACUGCAGCUGAGGGAGCACAGGAGAGACCGCUCCCAACAGAAGAAGCGGCCCCAGGCAGAGGCGUGUGGCUGGGGAGACUGUUUGGAGUGCCUGGAGGCCCCAUGGAAACUGAGAGUGGAACCCUAAAGUUCAGGAGACCAUCCAGUUGGCUGCCCCCUACAGUGAGUGUGUUGGCUCUGGUGAAGCGGGGGGCACCUCCUGAGAGUUCCUCUUCUCCUGAGGAGCUUGAGGCCUCUGCCCCCAGUGUGGUGCAGCCCCACAGGGCAGUCCGGGCUCUCUGUGACCACACAGCUGCAGGACCGGACCAGCUGAGCUUCCAGCGUGGGGAGGUGCUGCGCGUCAUUGCCACGGUGGAUGAAGACUGGCUCCGCUGUGGGCGGGAUGGAGUGGAGGGGCUGGUGCCUGUGGGGUAUACCUCCCUUGUUCUGUAGCCCUGGGGCCCUUUCCUGCAUAUGUCCCCCUCCUGUCACCUGGGAAUGGAAUGGCCCAUGAGCACUAAUCCGUGUGAACCAGUCAUCCCAGAAACAUUUUCCCUGUCUGCAAAGUCCCACAUCCAUUUCUGCUAAUAUUUAAAAUAAACUUUCCUUCUUCCCUCCCAU